GAGUUGUUUGUCUCUGGUCGUUGCUUCACUUCUGCUCCUUGUGGGUUUGGACCGAGCCAGCCCUCCGCAAGGGCCGUCCUGAGCGAUCCGUGAAGAAAACGCCCCAGGAGCCUGCAGCCGCAAAAGGAUGAAGUUCUUUCUGAGCUGCCUUCUGCUUCUGCCUUUACUAAUCCUCUUCUUAUUAGAGUCUCUCGUGAAGCUUUUUAUUCCUAAGAAGAGAAAAUCAGUCACCGGUGAGAUCGUCCUGAUUACAGGAGCUGGUCAUGGACUUGGGAGACUGACUGCCUAUGAAUUUGCCAAACUUAAAAGCAAACUGGUUCUCUGGGAUAUAAAUAAGCAUGGAAUUGAGGAAACAGCUGCUGAAUGCAGGAGAUUGGGUGCCAAGGUUCAUACCUUUGUGGUAGACUGCAGUAACCGGGGAGGUAUUUACAGCGCUGCCAAUAAGGUGAAGUCAGAAGUUGGAGAUGUUAGCAUUUUAGUGAAUAAUGCUGGUGUCGUCUAUACAUCAGAUUUGUUUGCUACACAAGAUCCUCAGAUUGAAAAGACUUUUGAAGUUAAUGUACUUGCACAUUUCUGGACGACAAAGGCAUUUCUUCCAGCGAUGAUGAAGAGUAAUCAUGGCCAUAUUGUCACUGUGGCUUCAGCAGCUGGGCACACUGCAGUCCCCUUCUUACUGGCUUAUUGUUCAAGCAAGUUUGCUGCUGUUGGCUUUCAUAGCGGCUUGACUGUUGAACUGGCUGCCUUAGAAAGAACUGGAAUCAAAACAACAUGUCUGUGUCCCAAUUUCAUAAACACUGGCUUCAUCAAAAAUCCCAGCACCAGUUUGGGACCUACCCUGGAACCUGAGGAAGUGGUGGAGAGACUGAUGGAUGGGAUCCUGACCAACCAGAAAAUGAUUUUUGUUCCAUAUUCUAUAGCUUUUUUUACACUAUUGGAAAGGAUUCUUCCAGAACGUUUCCUGGAGGUUUUAAAACAAAAGAUCAAUGUUAAGUUUGAUGCAGUCGUUGGAUAUAAAAGUAAACAGCAGUAGAUGCCUAGUCUUCAGAAACUGAUUUACCAGGGUUAAGUUGAUUUCAUCCAAUAUUAAUCAACAUUUUAAUGUUUGAACUCUUAUUUUUCCUAAUUAUCCUUUUUCCUUCAGUAGUUAGUGUCUUUUGAGGCUCUCACAGUCUUCAUUUAUCACUAUUUAUCUGUUCUUUAGCUAAAAGCUGAUUACCUAUAAUACAGAGAAAUACCUUGAUGUUAACUUUCAGGAAAAUGAAGAAAAAGGCAAGACUUGUGGUGCAUCUGAAGGCUUUGUAAAAUUUGUGUUAUAAAUGUUUAUAUGAGCUAUAUUUUUAUUUUUAAUUGUAUUCAAGUUUUAUGUAAUCCACCCUUCCUUUUCUAUUCUACAUAAAAUCAGAAACUUCAAGCUCUUUAAAUGUAAUGAAGAACUGUGUCCAGUGACAUUUCAUAAUGAAUUUCAUGAGCUCCUAGACAUUUCAUCCUACACAUUGCCACUCUGUUUCCUGAGAGAUACCUCAGAUUCCAAUGCCAAACCUUUCAGCACAAGGAAACCAGAGGUGGACAUGUGUUGCAAGUAUAAAAGUAUCAUUGGGAUUUAAGAUAAAGAAUUGGGAGAAUGUACCCAUCAAUGUCAGUAACAAUAAAUGCAUCAAACUU